GAGCGGCGGAGCCGGAGGCGGGCGGCACGGCGGGCGGCGAGGCAGGCGCUGCGGGAUGCGCUCCCGCCGGCGCGGGGGCGCCGGGCAGCCCCCCUGGCCCGUGCCCAGGAUGCUGGUGCUGUGCCUGCUGUCCCUGGCCUGGCUCAGUGAGAGCUCCCAGCGUAGUGAGCCCAUGUUCAUGGCUGUCACCCACCGCCUCCUACCACCUGACUAUGACAGCAACCCUACACAACUCAACUAUGGUGUGGCCGUCACUGACCUGGAUGCUGAUGGCAACUUUGAGAUCGUGGUGGCAGGGUACAAUGGCCCCAACCUGGUGCUCAAGUAUGACAAGGUGCGGGGACGGCUGGUGAAUGUGGCGGAGGAUGAGCGGGACUCCCCGUACUAUGCACUGCGGGACCGGCAGGGCAAUGCCAUUGGUGUGACAGCCUGCGACAUCGAUGGGGAUGGCCGCGAGGAGAUCUACUUUCUCAACACCAACAAUGCCUUCUCUGGCAUGGCUACUUACACGGACAAGCUCUUCAAGCUCCGCGAUGGGCGCUGGGAAGACCUCCUGAGUGACGAGGUGAACCGGGAUGUGGCCAGCCGCUUCGCCGGGCGCUCUGUUGCCUGUGUGGACCGGACGGGCUCCGGCAGGUACUCCAUCUACAUCGCCAACUACGCCAGCGGUAACGUGGGCCCCCACGCUCUGAUCGAGAUGGACGUGGCCGCCAGUGACCCUGCCCGUGGCGUCGUGGUGCUGGUGGACGUGGCCGCCCAGGCUGGCGUCAGCAAGUACACAGGGGGUCGUGGGGUGGCCGUGGGCCCCAUCCUGAGUGACAGCGCCUCCGACAUAUUCUGUGGUAAUGAGAACAGCCCCAAUUUCCUCUUCCACAACUUGGGGGACGGGACGUAUCGGGAUGUAGCAGCUGCUGUGGGGCUGGAUGACCCCUACCAGCAUGGACGUGGCGUGGCACUGGCUGACUUCAACCGUGAUGGCCGGGUGGACAUUGUCUAUGGCAACUGGAACGGGCCACACCGCCUCUACCUGCAGAGCGGGGGUCCCGGGCGUGUCCGAUUCCGGGACAUCGCCACCCCCAAGUUCUCCAUGCCAUCCCCAGUCCGCACUGUCAUCGCAGCAGACUUCGACAACGAUCAGGAGCUGGAGGUUUUCUUCAACAACAUUGCUUACCGCGGCUCCUCUGCCAACCGCCUAUUCCGGCUCAUCCGCAGGGAGCACUCAGACCCCAUUGUGGAAGAGCUGAAUCCAGGAGAUGCGCUGGAGCCAGAGGGACGGGGCACAGGAGGUGCAGUGACAGAUUUUGAUGGUGAUGGGAUGUUGGACCUCAUCCUGUCUCACGGAGAGUCCAUGGCACAACCGAUCUCCAUCUUCAAGGGCACCCAGGGCACCAGCAACAACUGGCUGCGUGUCAUCCCCCGCACCCGCUUCGGGGCCUUUGCGCGAGGAGCCAAAGUGGUGCUGUUCACGCGGCGCAGCGGGGCCCACCUGCGCAUCAUUGACGGUGGAUCAGGGUACCUCUGUGAGAUGGAGCCUGUGGCGCACUUUGGACUGGGGCACGAUGAAGCCAGCAGCUUGGAGGUGACCUGGCCGGAUGGCCGUGUUGUGGCACGAGCUGUGGCCAGCAGCGAGACAAACUCUGUCUUGGAGAUCCCCUAUCCCUUGGAUGUGGAGGAGCAGCUCAUGCCUGCCCCGCUGGAGUGCGGGCAGGGAUUCUCCCAGCACAAGAACGGACGCUGUGUAGAUACGGACGAGUGCACAGAGUUCCCCUUUGUCUGCCCCCGAGACAAGCCCAUCUGCAUCAACACCUAUGGCGGGUACCGCUGCCGCAGCAACAAGCGCUGCAGCCGGGGCUUCGAGCCCAAUGAGGAUGGCACAGCUUGCGUGGCUCAAGUGGCCUUUUUUGGGGGAUAUCCCUCCGCCGGGAGCUGGCACGGGCUCCCCCACAGUACCCUCCUCCCUCUAGUCCUCGGACUCUGCCUUUGCCUCUAUGCACUUUAACCCUUGCCCGUAACACGCCAGAGCAGCCUUGGCGGAAGGACCGGCCAGCCUCUGCCUGUCUCUUUUUCUCUCUCUUUCCCUCCAUGUUGAACUGCCCUGGAAGUGCCAGCUGUGCCCUACGGGGGUGGCCUGCAAUGGGACAGGCACGGAGCCCAGCUGCCCCUUGCACCGUGUCUGGGAAAGCAGCCCCGGGGCAGUGCCCCUUCGCCAGCACCUCCCCGCCCCAGUGCUGCUCCUGCCACACCGGUGCCUCCCGGGUGGUCGCUUGCUCCGUCGCCUUGACGUACCAUGUGCCUGCUGGUUUGGCCUGCGACGUGUGUGCUUCACCUGCCCCCUCCUCAGUGAGGGAGACCCCCCUCCCCAGCCCUGGCAGAGGAGGGUCCCCCCAGCCCUGCAGAGGAAGGACCCUCCUGGUCUGUUUUUUUUAACGUAUUGACCCCACUGUUUGGAGUCAAACCCUGCUCAGUCUUCCAGCCCCUCUCCCAGAGAACUCCCCCAAUAAACUAU